AUGGAGUACAUGGAGCUGCACUGCCCCGAAGACCCUCCUCCCCUCGCUGCCCCAGUCCCGACAAACGCCGCCCCAUCAGGCGCUCCUCAAUUCCCUCAAUACCAUCAGCAGCAAGUCCCCGCCAGCUCCAAGCCCUCUACGCGGUUUUACGCGCUCCCCCCCGAGUCCCAACCCCUCCUCAACAAGCGAAAAUCCGACGUUGCUCUGGCAUUCGGCAGUUACAGCUCAGAGAGCUCAAAAGCGAUCAAAGCGAACCGUCCACUCACGGUUGAAGAGUAUUUUGCCCGGGCCUUUGCUGUGCGUGAGGGCAACCUCCUGGGCCUCCUGGGCCUCCUGCCUUCCCUUGCCAACCAUAUGGUAACGGAAGCCCAUGCACUGUCUGCGAGUGCCCACCGAUCAUCCCAAAAUCAAUUAAUAGAGGCCACGCACAAGCGGACGGCCCGCAACAGAAAGACGAUGGGCGUACCUACGCAGCAGAUGGCUGUCGAGAUCUCGGCCAUCUCCGAGCCUCAGACGCCAUCGAAAACGCCAGAAUGGACGACAAUUCAAGAUCGGUCAGUCUCUCUUUCGCGCACCGCUAGCUCCUCUGUUGCAUCACAAGACGGACUGGGGGUAUCCACCACCAGUGGCGCCAGUGGAGUACUCGCGCCUGCGCGGGAACAAUCUCUGGUCGUACAGCGCUCCACGCGAGCGUAUUCACCUUCCAAUCCCGUCCCUGCAAAGCACGCCGCUCCUCCAUCAACAUCCUCUGCGUCCACGAGAACGGCAAUAGCCGACAAGGCGCCCAGCAUGUCGAUGGCCGCCCGCAUAAAGGAGAUCAACAGAUUGGGCGAUGAGUUGAUGCAGCAAUACGAGCGCAUGAUGAAGGGCAAAUGA